AUGGCCGCGUCAAGCAGCAGCCUCGUCGAUAUUGGCGAUCCGAGCCAUCCUUUCGCCCACAUCACCCAACAGAAUCAUAAAUCUCCUUUUCUUAGUCUUCCCUUGGAGAUUCGUCUCAUGAUCUACGAAUUUGCCGUAGCCGUCAACAAGCCUGUCCGACCCAGGCAGGUUACUGCUCGCUCGAAUAAGUUCGUAUGGGAUCCACCUCUUGACCAGUUCCCCAAUAGGAGUGUCUUAAGGCUGGAGGAGGGUAAAUCUCUAGUAGUUGGUCCACUUAGUCGCACCUGCCGCUCAAUCUACCAAGAGCUAGAAAAGACUCCCGUCUUCUAUCGCGUUAACAGUUUUGAAUUCUACUAUGCCCCGGAUUUGCACGCCUUCUUAGCGGCUAUUCUCCCGAAACGCCUGGCACUGAUCCGUACCAUUCGCCUUAUACCUGGAACACGCCCAAAUCUUCCAGUCGAAAGUUGGGGUGCAGAGUUACAUCCCAGGACCCCGAAUUACCAACGGACUCGCAAUCGGGCUGCCGAAAUUACCCAUAUCCUAACACUUUUGACUCAAUGUAAGGAUCUUAGAGAAUUAUCUCUUAUUCUUCAGCAGGACCAGUAUGGCGACAUGGUUAACCAGGCAUAUGGAUGGGAUAAACUGGCGGCUUAUUUUUCUUAUGGAACACCAGCUUUUAUCAACAUGAAUGGCUUUGAUAUCUUCAUGCGCCUUGCCUCCGAUGGAGAAGAGUUCCAGUUGAAAAAGGCCCUUGAUCAUCCCGACUUAACACAAUCUUUCGUAGCCAAGAACAUCCUUUCUACCAUCGUUCAUGGUCUGGACGAACGUAAAAAGGCUUUUGCGCUAAAGGCCAAAGCACUAAAAGCAAAAGCGCAAGAAGGCGAAAGCUACGAAGAGAUAGACCUUCGUCCUCAGUGGUUUAAAGACAUGGAAAACCAAACGGCAAUCGAGGCGGCUAUUAUCGCUGCACCGGUAGACUUCACAGGUGAAAACCGUAUCGCACAAGAUUUGCAUCAGAUCAUGUCUAACCGAGUUUCAUCCCGUACCCGACGCAAAGGCCAGUCUGUGGACUCGAUGGGAGUUUUACGUCGCGAGGAACCCAAGUAUAACUUGGACGGGCUGUUGACGUGGUGGUACAGCCAUGUGACAGGAAUCCGCUGGUCUGAUUCCAGAGAUGUGGAACUUGAACUGAACUAUCCUGGUAGGACCCCCGAAUCCUCUUGGGAAUCUUUCUACGUCUUACCAAAGGACCGCCAUGGUGAGCAAAGCAUCAUCAAUUUCUUCAAGGGUGUUUUAAAAGAGAGACAUAUAGAUGUGGAAGCCACACUUCAAAGGGUGCGUUCCAUUCCUUCCCCUUUGGACAUCGCCAAGCUUGCUGGUGGAUUGAACCAGUACAUUGGCAAGGACACGAUGUAUGGGGAAAAGACGUCCCAGACAGUCAAAAAAGGUAGAAUCCGCGCGUGGACGCACUGCGACGAUCAGUGGAACCAGUAUAUAGUCAAACUAGAAAUGCUGGUUGACAAGAGGAAGAAAGAAGCUACCAAGGCGGCAAGCAAAGCCACGAAGAAAACGGCAAAGUGA